CUUCACAUAUUAAUUGCAUAAAGCCCUGAUGCUAACCGACAGCGACAGGAGGAUAGGCGCCCGCGGGCUUCUCUCCGAGCACCUCCAGCUUCCCGGCCUAGGAGUCGAUGCCGACAAAAGGACGACACUGGGGAGCAGAGUUAUCGUUAGGUCUGCAGCAGCUUUACAGGCAGGAUCGCGAGAAGGACCCACUCGGUUGGGGACUUCCCCGCCUCCAUAUUCUGGGCAUUAACGGCUCGGCCCACCUCGACGCGCAUACCCCAGCCUGCAGCUUAAGUGCACCUCAGAGAUGGUGAGGCCUCGUCGUUGGAAUUGGGGUAGAGGAGCUCCCAUAUCGGAGUCCGAUAAGCGAAGUGCGAGCAAUGAAGCUAUCAACAAAUCCACACGGUUAGCAGGCAGCUCUUCUGCUUGGCUGCCGUUUGGCUGCCGCCUUCACGAUCCUGACACCUUGGCGAUAGCUACACUUUUGUGGCCUUGCAAUUAGCUCGGACAACACGGUCGUCGGUGACUGUCUGGGCGGUCGGCCUUGCGAGACUUCGCGAUGUUUCUUUGGGCUGUCGAGAAUGGGGACAGUGAUGGUCGAUUGGUUUGACUGCCUAUAAAACGAGCUGCUCAUCGCCUUUUGUCGAGAACAAGAUCUCUAUCCCUCCUCCUCACCUCACACUAGGAACGUCUGCAAGCCAUCAAGAACCACCUCCCUCAGACUACAUCACAACACAGCUCCGCCGCCGGACCUCGCAAUUCACCAUGAAGACCGCUGUGUUUGCCCUCAUCGCCACCACCCUGGCCGGCACCAGUCAGGCCCUCGUCGUCCAGCGGGCCGACGAGGCCACCCCCCUGCCCAUCGGCCCCCUGAAGUGGCGCGGUCCCGAGGGCUCCGACCUCGAGGACAUCAACACCAAGAUCGGCGCCGACCACCCCGGCCUGUCCCUCUUCGACGGCAGCAUGAACUUCACCUCUGCCUCCAGCACCCUCGGCGCCGUGCCCAAUGAAGGUGAUAAGUUCGUCAACAUCGACGCCGAGCUCGAGGCCCGAGCCAGCCUCGAGGCGCGCAACGACCGCUACAGCACGAACUGCAACCAGCACCGCUACGGCGGCGUGGCCGUGUGGGACAUCGACAGCGGGAUCCGCCACCUGCGCUCCGUGUCGCGCUGCCUCGUCAACGCGCGCCAGUGCGUGCGCACCACGUGCAACAGCUACUCGGCCAUCGUGUUCUGCAACGAUAACCACUACGACAUCGACAUGGCGUGCAGCCACAUUGCAAACAUGGCCAGCGACGGCGUCAGGGACUGCCACUGGGAGAUCUACAACCCGCUCAUUGGUGGGGUGCAGCGGUUCAACCACGACAAGGCGUACAAUGUUAUUCUGGGCAACUGUGGCAACUUUAGCCCGGUGGGCAGCCUGUCUAAAGUCUACUCGGCAUCAAGCUGGUCAUCGAUGGCUAGGGGAAAGGAUUUGUAAUAAAAAGGUGCAGUCUACGUAGGCUAAGCGAGGUACAGCUAAAUAUACAGAAAACAAGUGUUGCGC